UUCUUUUCUCCAUUGGGGAGAUUAAGAACAAGAAGAAAUUAUAGAGAGAGAGAGGAGAGAGAGAGAGAGAGAGAGAGAGAAACAAAAGAUAAGGUAGAAGAGAGAGAAACCGAUCGGAAAAUCAAGAAACCUUGAAAAACCGACGAAGUUACGGAAUGAUUUCUGAUUUCAAUCAAAGGAGGUGGUGAUUACGAUAACCCUCCGGAAAAAAAAAUUCGCGAUCAGAGAAAAGAUACGAUCAGCAUCUCCGAUCCUGUUUGAUCCACCGGAAAAAUGGUCAUGCGACGAGGCAGCAGAGCGAAGGCCGCCGUCGGAGAACCGAUCGGAUCGAGACCGGAAGAGAUGGUGGCUCAGCAACCGGAGACCAACGAGCCACGGUAUCGUGGUGUUCGAAAGAGACCAUGGGGUCGAUUCGCCGCCGAGAUCCGUGACCCAUGGAAGAAAGCUCGUGUCUGGUUAGGCACUUUCGAUUCCGCCGAAGACGCUGCACGAGCCUACGACGCCGCCGCACGCUCCCUCCGUGGCUCAAAAGCCAAAACCAAUUUUCCAUUUUUUCCGUCGAACGAAAUCCACGAUCAUCCCGAAGAUGAUCAAACAAAACACCACCAACAAACCUUCUAUCAGUCUCGGCCGACGAUGAGUAGUCUGAGCAGCACCGUCGAGUCGACGAGCGGUCCACGGCCGUCGAAUCCCGUUAAAACCCACCACCGAUUAAAACCGCCGCCGGUUCCCCAAGACGAUGACGAUUGCCACAGCAAUUGCGACUCCUCCUCCUCCGUGGUCGACGAUUAUUAUUACGACGGCGAUCUGUCUUCAUCUUCCCGGAAACCUUUACCCUUCGAUCUCAACCUCCCACCACCGUUGGACGAAAUCGGAUUCUCUUCUAACCCUAAUGAUGAUUUAUACGUCACUGCACUCUGCCUAUAAAAAUCCCACGAUCUUAAUCACGAUGAUGAAGAAAUCUACGGGUUGUUCGUAGUUCGUACGAUCUGUGUUCCAAAAUCUUCUGUUUUUCCAAGAAAAGUCAUCAUCUUUGGGGGGAGAUUUCAAGAAAUUUCUGGUAAAUUUCUUCAAAAAUCUUGAUUUGUUUAGAUUGCUGUUGUCGAUGAUGAUGAUGAUGAAAUAUGUAGAUUAGUGUAAUUUGAGAUAACUUUGCGAUCUGGGUUCUUCUUCAAAUCUGUGAUAUUGAAGUUUUAGUAUCGAUCGUCUUGAUUUUACAGAAGAAUCAUGAACUUAUAAGGUGCAAUUCAUGAAAAAAAAAAACCUAUUUGGAUGAUGAUCUUGAUCUUGAGUUUUCUUUUUAUCUCCUGAUCUUACGAUCUUCUCCCUCGCCCAAUCUUUCAAUUUUUCUGUAUAAAAUUAUAAAUAAAGAUUCACACAGUUAUUGUUCA